UCACAUCACAAAGCAAUUUCUCGACUGUUCUUAUUUCUUUGUGAUUAUUCGUCGUCAUUUAUGUCUUGCAUUACACUAUUGCACGUGAUUACAAGUUGCUGUGCAUGUGCUCAGAACGGGUAAACUGAUUGUGUUUUUGUUGCUGUUGCUGCCAUACACCUUCCUUCAUGUGGACUGGCUGUUCGCAAGAAGAGCUCAGUUUGAGGUUCUUGUUGAAAUCGAAUGCCUUGGAUACGGUGAUUUUAGGAUGAACAUAAAGGGAAGAAAACAUUGCUGAUUUGUGUAAGAGAGGUGCAAUAUUCAUUGAUGCUGCUUCGUUCUCAGGCAUCUAGUGUCAGGAAAACCAUUGUGAAUUAUGGUAUUCAAGUGUACAUGCAAAUUACUUGGUCGAUUUCCACCUGGAUUUGGAAAGAAAUCUCUCGGGGCCACAAUUAAACCACUCAUCGUUGCAGGAGCCGCCCAUCAAAGACACACAGGAAAUUUAGGCGAUACAUUUAUCCAAUUCAAAAUAGGAUCUAGACAUUUUCAUUCAAGUAACGCAAUAUAUAGCUUACUGCAAAAACAUAAAAGGGAAAUCGCACAGAAAAAACCAAAAUCACCACAAGAUGGACCAGAGCCAUCAUAUGAACGAAUAAGCUUCUCUGAAGAAAAGUUUUAUCAUCAUCAUUAUCAAUUUAUAUGUGAACAUGGCGGGGUGCUACCGAACAUUACAAUCGCGUUCGAAACUUGGGGAAAACUUAACCGAAGGAAAGACAACGCCGUUCUGAUAUUCUCUGGUCUUUCUGGGUCUUCACAUGCAAAAAGUCACCAGGGUGUCGAAAAUUCAAGGACUGGCUGGUGGGAGAAUUUCAUCGGCCCUGGCGGAAAAAUUGACACAGAAAAAUACUUUGUCAUAUGUGCAAAUCAUCUAGGCGGAUGUUUUGGAACCACCGGCCCAAGUUCCAUCAACCCAAACACCAAGCUGCCCUAUGGAGGUGAUUUCCCCAUUAUUUCAGUAAAAGACUUGGUAGACGCCCAGUUUCUUCUCAUAGAUCACCUUGGAAUAAAAAGUCUUCAUGCUGUUGUUGGUUCUUCUCUUGGUGGAAUGGCCUCUCUCUUGGCUGCCUCCUUGUAUCCUCAGAGGAUCAAGAAGAUGGUCAGCAUCUCUGCCGCUGUUUCUGCCCAUCCAACGGCCAUUGCUUUUCGUUACAUACAACGACAAGCGUUGAUGUCCGACCCAGCUUGGCGUAGAGGGCAUUAUUACAGCAAAGGCUUGCCUGUAAGGGGAAUGCAGCUUGCGCGGAAGAUUGCCACAUUGACAUACCGCAGCGGUCCCGAAUGGAAUGAAAGAUUUGGGCGAAAAAGAGUAGAAAGCAGCGACAUCGUGUAUCCUCGACUUGACGUUGCCGAAUUUGAAAUCGAGGAUUACAUUCGCCACCAGGGUGAAAACUUUUUUCAGAAAAGUCAAUACGACCCGAAUUCGCUUCUUUAUUUGACCAAGGCAAUGGACCUUUUUGAUCUGAGUGUUGGGUACAACUCAAUGGAGGAGAGUGUGGCUAGAAUGAAAAUGCCUUGUCUUAUAAUGGGUGCAUCUUCAGAUUUGCUGUUCCCGGCGACUCAACAAGUUGAGCUAGCUGAAUUGCUAAAGAGUUCAGGAAACGAGAAUGUUACUUUGAUUCUGAUCGAGGGGAAAUAUGGACAUGACACAUUUCUUUUAGAUGUCGAAGGAAUGGGAACACAUACGAAGAUGUUCUUAGAAACGCACUGAUGGUUAAUAACCAGAGAAUUAUCCAAGUUUUUCUUCAGCAGGCAUCGCUUGUUAGAUCCAUAAAUCUGAGCAUUUACCUUUAUCAAUAACUCCUGAAAAUUAACUUUAUCAAUAAUUCUACAGCCAUUUACCUGAUUCGGAUCUCUCUGAUCAAGCACCUUCUUUCUAGAAUGGUUUAAGUUCAUGAACGCAAAUUAAUUUGUCCAAUCCCUUUUUAAUGGAGUAUUUAAGAAAAGUCAUUCCUGUACUUUUAUGCUUUGAUUGUUUUUGCUGUAGCCUUAGGUUAAACUCUUGGAAGGGAAUUAUCAAAAUCAAUAAUAUUUUCAAUAAAUCAGUAACUUUUUAUCAAAUCUUUGUUAUUAGUGAUUGCUAUCGCCUUUAGGUGUUCCUUCAUGAUGUAUUUUAUUGUGUUUUAUCGCGUUAUUAUUAAGGCCGAUUUGGUCUUUUCAAUCCCUUCAAUGCCCAGAUUUUGACUUAAACCUAUCGUUCUAUAGUUUUUAAGCACAUUUGAUAUCAGACAAAGUG